AUGGACAUGAUCCCUGCUCAGGUAGCCGUGGAAGGCUGCUGCCAUGGAGAGCUGGACGCCAUCUACAGCACCCUGCAGGCGCUUGCAGAGCAGGACGGCCGUCCCAUCGACCUGCUCAUCUGCUGCGGCGACUUCCAGGCGGUCCGCAAUCUGGAUGACUUGGAAUGCAUGGCCUGCCCGCCAAAAUACAGGUCAAUCCAGUCUUUCUACAGGUACUACUCAGGCGAGGCCCGGGCCCCCAUCCCCACCCUGUUCAUCGGCGGCAACCAUGAGGCGGCCAACCACCUCUGGGAGCUGCACUACGGCGGCUGGGCCGCGCCCAACAUCUUGUACCUGGGCGCCGCGGGUGUGGUCGGCUUUGGCGGCCUGCGCAUUGCGGGCCUCUCCGGCACCUAUGCCGCGCACCACUAUCCGCUGGGCCACUUUGAGCGCCCGCCGUACAACAACAGCAGCAUGCGCAGCGCCUACCACGUGCGCUCGCUGGAGGUGCACCGCCUGGCCAGGCUGGCCACCGCCCCGGACAUCAUGCUGAGCCACGACUGGCCGCAGGGCAUCGCGCGCCACGGCGACCUGGACGCCCUGCUGCGAAGAAAGUCCUUCCUGCGCAGCGAGAUCACCGACAACUCUUUGGGCUCCCCCCCAGCAGCAGAGCUGCUCCACCACCUGCGCCCUGCCUACUGGUUCAGCGCCCACCUGCACACCAAGUUUGCCGCGCUAGUGCGACACGCUGCGGAGCCCGAGCAAGAGGUCCCACAGAAGCAUCCACCCAAAGGCUCGUCACCCGGCACCCUUGAGCCCAGAAGCAGCAAUGCAGCCCCUCGUGUCCGGGGCCGCCACCCCGCCACGCGCUUCCUGUCCCUGGACAAGUGCCUGCCGCGCCGCCAGUUCCUCCAGGUGCUGGACUUCCCCGAGGCCUCCGGCGCGCACGAGUUCACAUACGACGCGGAGUGGGCGGCGGUCCUGCGCGCCACGCACGAGCUGCAGAACCUCGCACCGGCGCCCACGGCGCUGCCGCGCGGGCCGCCGGCCCCCGUGACCCCGGCGGAGGUCGCGUCGGCCGAGGCGGCCCUGCGCGCCGCCUCUCCCACCGGCGACCUGGCCGUGCCCACCAACUUUGUGGCCACCGCGCCGGCGCACGACCCGGGUCGGCCCGGGCAGCGGGGGCGGAUGCCGCGCGCCGCGCCGCGCAACCCGCAGACCCUGGAGUACCUGCGCCGCCUGGGCCUGCCUUAUGACCUGGACCUCGAUGCGGUGCCCGGCCCGCCGCACGGGGGCUGGGCCGCAGGAGGUCCGACGCCGCCGCAGGCUACCAGAGCCUCGGAGCCCAACCCGGAGGAGAUCGACCUCGACCUCGAGUCUGAGGAGGAGGACAAGGACAGUGCAGAGGCGGAACACAACUCAAACCUGUGCGGCAGCGACGGAAGGCCCCCUCUCCUCGCCUCGUUGGCCGCCGUGCUUGGGCCACAAAACCCAGAGGAGGUCCAGCUUGACAGCGAGACGGAGGAAAGCUGA